AUGAAGGGCGAAACCCCCGUCAACAGCACAAUGAGCAUCGGCCAAGCCCGCAAGAUGGUGGAGCAGCUGAAGAUUGAGGCCAGCAUGUGCAGAAUAAAGGUGUCCAAAGCGGCUGCUGAUUUGAUGACCUACUGUGAUGCCCACACCUGCGAGGAUCCCCUCAUUAGCCCCGUGCCCACCUCGGAAAACCCCUUCCGGGAAAAGAAAUUCUUCUGCGCCCUGCUUUGA